UAAUUAGCACUUAAGGGUAUGAGCGAGUUAGAAAUCUAUAUUUAGGAAUAAUCUGAAAAUGAUAAAAACCUUAAAGAAAUUUAAAUUUAAAGAUCUAGGGAUGACGGAUAGCAAACAUCAAACUUAGAUGGGAGCAAGGUUUAGUUGUUUUUAUAAAAAAUGAAUCUCAAAUCUUUAGAUUCCAAUUUGUUGAUACCUGGCAGUUGUAAUCAAAGCUCAAAGCAUAAAAAUCAUAAUAGUAAUUUGAAUUUUACAACUAAAUCCUAAGAAGUUUUAUAGCCAUUAUCGCCCAAGUAAAAUAGUGCCUAGUAAACUUAGUAAACAGGGGAAAGUAAAAGAGUAAAAGCAAGUAUUGCAAUGUUGCAAAGUUAAGAUAUUUAAACAAGCUUUUUCUAACAAUAAACUUUGAUAGGUGAAUCAUCUGAAUAUGAAUUAUGCAAAAAUAUUUUGAAAAAACCUAAAUCUGAAAGAAACGAUAAAGAUUUGAGUGUCCUUUAAAUAACUUUGGGAAAUAAUUUAGAGUUUUUAUAAAAAUAUAAAACAUUUUUACCAAUGAAAAGCUUUAAAGAUUUGUUGUUUUAGUUUGAGUAUUAAGAGUGCUAACCCUUUGAAUAAAUAUUAAAUAUAGAGUCUAAGUCUAACAAAAUAUUCUUUCUGUUAAAAGGAGAGUUGGCUAUAUUUAUACCUCGUAUUGAAAAAUUAGAGUGCAACGAUAACAACAAUUUAACAUAAAUACCUAGUGAUAAAAACUCAUAAACAGUUAGCAAAAUAAACCUUAGGAAGUCAUAAACUUAAAUAGACUUGAAACCAUAAAUCAAGAUUAAUGAAUAGAUUUAAACUAAUCAAACAGUCUAAGAAAAAUCUGAAUCUAAAAGAAGAUCUAUUUCAAAUUAAGGGAAGGUAUUGAAUACGAAAUCCUCUUCUAUAAGUAUGAUAAACAUUUUAGAUGAUUAGGAAAUUUACAAAGAAAAUGACAUAAAUAAAGUUAAAUAGAAUUUUCAAAAAGAUAUGGAAGAAAAGUUUUAAAAUUUCAUGCUCUUAAAGUUUGCAAAAGUAGGUGAUAUGUUUGGGGAAACAUCUUUGGAAUAUCGUUAUCCAGAGUUAUAUUCUGUUGUAUGUGUAACAAAAUGCGAAUUUGCAGUUAUUCAACCAUCUUCUUACUAUAAAUAUUUUGCUCAUAAAUUCUUUCUGUUACACCUUGAAAGUGAUAAAAUGUUUAGAAAAACAUAAUUAUUUUAUAAUUGGCCUUAGUAUUGCAUCUAUGAAUUUAGUAAAAUUUCUUAGAGGCACUAAUACAAAAUGCACGAUGUGAUAUUUAAUAUUGGAGAACAAAUUAACAAAAUUUAUUUUUUUUGCUCAGGAAUGAUACAUAAAUUAUAACCUUUGUAUUAAAAUCAAGAUAUAUAAUCCUAAGUGACUAAACAAAAUAAUUAAAAGGCUAAAAAGUAGUAAUUGCAAUUAGGAACAAAAAUUGAAGUAAUCAACAGUGUUAGCGUUUUUGGUGAAGAGGGAAUUUUAGAUCAGAAUGAAACGAAAUUAAUAAAUAAGAGAGAGUAUUAAGUAGUUUGCAAAAAAGAUGAGACUGUUGUUUAUAGCAUCGAAAAGAAAUUAUUUUAAUUAGUUUAUAAUUAUUUUGCUGCUAAGGAAGGACUAGAUAGCUAUGAAUAAUAGCAAGAGAAAAAAAAGAGAAAGUUUUUAGAUAGCAUUUAUAGAAGCAUUAGACAAAUGGAAAGGAUUCAAAUUUUAGAAAAAACCAUAGACGAAAUUAAAAGAUAAAAAUAGAAAGAAAACAGAAGGAAACAGCUUUAGAGAGAGCAAGUUUUAAAUGAAAACUAGAUUCUCUAUGCUGUAACAAACGAUGAUCUUGAUCAUAUUUAAUUAAAUCACUACCUAAAACAUCAACUAGAAGAUUAAAUAGGUGAAAAAAUUACCAAUAACUAAAUCAAAGAUAAAAAAAGAAGUUUCUCUUAAACCAGCAAAAGAUAAAAUUAGACUUUUUAUAAUAUAACAAACUUUCACUUUACAGAAAAAGAGCUCAGAAAAUACAAGCAGAUGUAGAUUAAUAAAAUAGAUAAAACUUUAAAUUAAGAGAUGCAGAUUAAAGAUGAAAAUAAUAAUAAUUAAAUUUUAAUUGUCAAAGAUGAUUUAAUAUAAAACCCAUAACAUCUCAAUGGAGAAAAUUUACAGUAACAAAUAACAAUAUAAAAUAAUUAAAAUCCUUCAUAAAAAUUGGAAUAAAUAAAAUACAAUGUUAUUGCUCAGCAUUUAUAUUAAUUUGAGCUUAAUAAGCCAUAAAAUAAUAACUCUUAAUCUAUUUAAAAUAGCAAAAACUAAUCAUUUGUAUUGGGUUCUAAAAAAGCAAAAUUUUAAAAUGGAGACAAGUAUAAUAUCUAAAAAUUUCCUUUAUAGCAAUAAUAAUAUUUAGUGGAUAGAAAUGUGAGUAAAACAGAGCUAAAGUCAUAAAGCAACAAAGACCUAGAAAAUUCUUCAAAUAAAAUAGUUGAAUUUUCUGCAGGAGAAAAGCAGGAAAUUUCUAUGAAUGAACUAAAUAAAGCUGAGUAGCAAAACAAUAUUUAAAAUAAAACUAGCAGAUUACUCAAAGUAAAUUACAACCAUUACAAAAAUAUUAUUUAAAAUGUAAAUAAAAGCUAAAAAAUUAAUAACUUUUAUGAUGAAAACAAAAAUGAAUCAGAUUUAUUUAAAAAUACCUCUGUAUUUUUCGAGAAAAGUGAAUAGGAAAACGUUUAAACUCUUCCUAGCAGUGCUAUUAAGAGCAGAAAUUAAAGUUAAGAAAAGAAAGAUAACUAAUAAUCACCAUUUUCUUAACAACUAAAAAAAACACCUUUUUAAAAGUAUAAAGAGAACUCUGAUGAAGUAAAAAAGAUAAUUCGUAUAAGAAGGAGUAAGAGCGAAAAAAAAUAUGAUUUCUCGAUAAAAACCAAAGGUUUUGAUAUACCUAGCAUAAAUAUAGUAAGCUAAUAAGCAAGCUAGUAAAAUAUUCACUAAUAAUAAUAAUAACAAGCUAAUAAUAGUUCUUCUAUAAACACAAGUUUUGUUGGUUUUAAUCCCGAAUAAUCACACAAAGCAAAUAUGUCUGCUUUAUCUGCCUUAAUAAAUUUAAAAUUAAUGAACUAACAAGUGUCUAACUUAAACAUAUAAGAUCAGAUAGACCAAAAUAAUUAGCUUUCAACAUCUGAAUAAAUUGAGAAGUCUUUAGAUAACUUCUAUAGGAAAUAAUCCUCUCCUUUACCUAACUAUAAAUAAAAUAAAGCUAUGUCUAUGCAUUAAACAAUCGAAGAAUUUAAUUUUAAAAAAAUAUUAAAUUCACCUAAGUUGCACUAAAUUGAUUUAACUAUGAAUGCUUAGUCAAUAAAUAAAGUCUUUAAGAACACUUUAAAACUAAAAUCUUGGCAUAAUUCUAAGAUUAAGAAUAGUAAAACAAAUAAUCAAGGAAAUUAGACAGAUUUGAAGUACCCUUCUUAACAGCAACAUUCCUAAAUUAACAGUGAGUAAAUGAAAUCUUUAUCUAACCAUAUACAAAAUUUUGAAUUUUAUGCAAAAUGCAAAAACGGUAAUCCUUACAAUAUUUAUGAUGGAGAUGUUUUCUAAGAUUUUAUCUCUAGACCAGUAACAGCAGCUGCAGCAUAAAACAUUAUUUCUAAAAAAACCCUAAUCAAAGAUCUAAUGAAGCAAACACAAAUAAAACAAUAUAUGAUCGUUUAAUAAAAGAAUGUAAACAAUCAAAUUUAACUAUGA